AUGGACCCUCCCAUAUCUCUACCCAAACGGAAACGCCCUCCAUUCAACCCUCCCCGCCCUCGAAAUGGAGCCGGCAUAACAAAACCCUCAACGACCUCGGCGAGAUCAAAAUCCAAACCCAAGCCCAAACCCAAUUCCACAGCCCGGACAACAACACAAAAGUCCGCCUCUUCCUCCUCCAAUAUACACCGUCGAAGACCCUCCACAGCCCACAAUAAUGACAACGACGAUGACACCCGCGCCUCAAGCACAUCGUCCCGAACCCCUUCACCCAGUGGCCCCAACUCAUCCCCGCGAGUUACACCAUCGUCGGAUUACGAAUCCCGCUCCCGCUCCAGAUCCCCUUCCGACGAACCAGACUACAUUCUGGCUGAAAUCACCGAGCCUGCCCCGUUAGAUCCACGCGAGGAGCUCGAAUCCUCCGACCCGCUGAUCAAGCCCAAACUUCUCACGACGCUCCUGCACCGCCACUUCCAAGACGACAAGACAAAGAUCACGAAGGACGCCGUGCGGGCGUUGGCCAAGUACGUGGAUAUUUUCGUGCGGGAGGCGUUGGCGCGGGCGUCGUAUGAGAGGGCGGAAGGGCAGAGUGGUAAAUCUGCCAGUCGGGAUACAAGGGGGGGAGCGCGGGCGAGGGUUGAUAAUUAUUUGGAGAUUGAGGACUUAGAGAGACUGGCACCGCAGCUACUUCGGCAAGGCUGUCCUCGAUUUGACGUGGGGCUAGAAGGUGGAGGAGUUAGCCCAGCCACUGCAGGGACACCGAGCGUCGAUAACCUCAAACAACCAUGCGACACUUUCAAAGCCUUCCACGCUUCACAUCAACAUCCUCAUUCAUGCAUGGAACAGCGAUCGCCCCUGGUCUCACAGGCCGUGCGACCCGCUCCGAAGGAUAGCGAACCCUCAAGCUAUCUAUACCUCUCUUCCACAGGCGCCACGGGCAGCAAUGGCUGCGACAGCAACUUGCAUCUGACGCCUGGCCUCGAAACCCGAAAGGCAACACGAUUCAUUCCGCCUGCAUAUCCUGUCCUGGGCACCUCUCCAUUCCUGUUUGAGUAA